UUUCUUUACAAUAUGGCUGCGCCCAGGCAUACUUUGCUUCGAGUGGUUUACGCUUGCUGGCUUCUGUGUUUGUGGUCCGCAGAGUGCUUGGAGGAUAGUAAAGAAGAAGGGAAGCCCGGGGAUCAGGGAGCCUGUGGUUGCAGCAACAGUCGGGCAAGCGACGCGGAAACAGCUGCACGGAAAUACUCCCUGGAGGCGAAUGUUUCCAAGCAGCCAAAUGAUCGCCGUGGAGACGACCGCUCGAAAAAUCAGGGUAUGAAGAUGGUCCCUAUUCCAGCUGGAGUGUUUACAAUGGGAACUGACGAGCCCAUUAUAAAACAAGAUGGAGAAGGGCCUGGAAGGAGAGUCCACAUUGGUCAUUUCUUCAUGGAUCGCUAUGAAGUCAGCAAUGCAGAGUUUGAGAAGUUUGUGAAUGCUACAGGCUAUGUUACAGAGGCAGAAAGAUUUGGUGAUUCCUUUGUAUUUGAAGGCAUGUUGAGUAAAAAAGUAAAGAAUGGAAUUCAGCAAGCUGUUGCAAUUGCUCCUUGGUGGCUACCAGUUAAAGGAGCAAAUUGGAAGCACCCAGAAGGCCCUGAUUCUCAUAUCUUAAAGAGGCUGGACCAUCCAGUUCUUCAUGUUUCUUGGAAUGAUGCUAUGGCCUUUUGCAGUUGGGCAGGAAAACGGUUACCGACUGAAGCUGAAUGGGAAUAUAGCUGUCGGGGUGGUCUUGAAAACAGACUUUUUCCAUGGGGAAACAAACUUCAUCCAAAUGGUCAACACUAUGUAAAUAUUUGGCAGGGAGAAUUCCCUAGAAGCAAUACAGAGGAAGAUGGCUAUAAAGGCACUGCACCUGUAACAGCAUUUCCUCCAAAUGGUUAUGGCCUGUAUAACAUUGUGGGAAAUGCAUGGGAAUGGACAUCAGAUUGGUGGGAAAUUAAUCAUUCUGCAGAUGAAACAUACAGCCCGAAAGGACCUUCAGAAGGGUCGGACCGAGUGAAGAAAGGUGGAUCCUACAUGUGCCAUAAGUCCUAUUGCUAUAGAUAUCGAUGUGCAGCCCGAAGCCAAAAUACGCCUGACAGCUCAGCUUCCAAUCUGGGGUUCCGCUGUGCCGCUGACAGUCUGCCAGACUACUUAAAGUGACAAAGCUUGACAGCCCUGGAGGACAGAGAGAAUCUCACCAGGUUUUGUGAAAAAGGAUGCAGCUCAAAGAUUCUACAUUUGUCGUGCCAAACGAGAAGACACUGGAAAUUCUGAAUCUUUCAGCCAGCAGCUUUUGUUUUUUUUUAUCCCUGGUUGGUGAAGAACCUAGGUUGCAUUUUCAUUUAAUGUGCUUAACGCAAAAUACAUUUGAUCAUUGAGUUGCUUUAAAUUUAAGAACUAAAUCAUGUCAGGCAUAGUUUUUUAAUAAAAGGCAUUACCAUUCAAAUGAUAGAUCAAUUUACAGAAGUAAUUAAGUAUCUUAUAUUUAUUUAUUUUUAAAAAUGCAUCUAAUUAAGAUGGAAUAGCACACAUUGUUUGUGGGGAUAAAAAACAUCACAGAUUAAUCUGAUCCAAAGAAAUUUCAAAGCUGUUUGUAUGUUAUUUAUGUUAUGUUUAUCUUACUUUCUUGUUCCAUUGGUUUCAGUGGGUCUUAAAUCCAAUUCACAUUCUUCAAGAUUAAUAAUUUUGAAAAUAAGCCAUUAUCUAUUUACUGAAAUAUACUGAUGUAAUUUAUGCUUGAAUUAGUAUGAUUUAUUGUUGCUUUUCCUAAAGAUUGUUCUUAUUUUUGAUAAUUAUUGAUUUCUUCAGCAGCUAUCACUGAGAAACAUUCCUGACCCAAGCCUUUGAAGAUAACUUCCUAGGACCUCCUAGGACCCAGUGCCCAAAUUUUGGAGGUCACUGUUUCUUGGCCCUCUCCCCACCGAAAGAGUUCCAUGGGGCAAAUAUUUACAGUAAGUGUUGUGUUCAAUGGGCACCUGCACCCUGUGGGCACUGGAAUCUCUGUGGGGCAGCAAAAGAGCUCUCUCUUCACGAAGAUAAGCUUUUUAUUAGAUGGUCCCCUGUUUGUCCUUUUAAUCAGAUUGCAGGGCCCAAGCAGUAUUGGAAUGUGUAGGGAACUCCACUCUACCAGGAAUAAUAGAAAAUAAACAAUUUUUAUAUAACAUAGAAUAAGCCUGUGGGAGGACAGGCUGCCUGCAAAAUAGCCAGCAUCUGGGCUGUGGUCCCUUGCCCCUUUAAGAUCUCUUCCUAAGUAGCCCAGCAAUUUGUGGCUAUGAAAGCUGAGUAGAAAGGCAGCUAGGUGUGGCAAUGUUUUUGACAUGAAAGGGAAACUGGUUUAUAUUUGGGAGAUUGCAAAAGUCUGAAGCAGCCUAAGGCAAAUAGAAGAGUUAUUGUUCGGCAGAAGUAGGGGUCACAAAGAGAAGUAGUGGAAGAACAUGAGUUGUAUAGAAUUGGGGAAGAGUGGUAGAGCAAACAGUGAACACUAGCUUUUUUGAGUGCUUGUGUGUAUGUUGCCUAGAGACCAGUAAUGGUUAUGUUGGCUCUCUGAGGUUUUGGAGCCCACUGAUUUGGAUAUAUGUAAAAGAACCUGUGACAAAUUUAUUGGGAGAUAAGACAGUUGUACCAAGUAUUAGGAGGCUGGACAGGUAUCUAAAAGGGAAGGGAAGGGAAGGAAGGAACCCCAUUAAGGACAGCAGCCCUGGUGUGCCUGUCUUAUACCCGCCAUCUUGAUUUGACUAGUUCCAAGAGUCUUGAGGUUCUGGAGCUAAAUCCCAGGUCCAAUCAAGAAGUACACUCUUCAAGCCUUUGCUUCUCUGAGAACUUCCAUUGAAUAACCUCUGGGGACAAAGUAACUUCUAACUCCUUGUCACUGAAUCCCAUCUUGUCUCACAUGGGAAGAGGACAGUUAUUUUAGAAUCCUCUGUGGAGCAGGCACCUCAUUCUACUACAACAGAAACUUUCACCAGGUGAUGUAAGGAAAAAUGUAUUUUUCCUUAAAUGACUCCUUUUAACUAUAUGAUUCUGUAUGCAAAGAACCUGAGGGUUAUAGAUGGAAGCAGCUGCCAAUAUCUUUUCAGGGAAUUACUACGACAAUCCUGAGAUAAAUCAUCUGUAUAAUGCAAAUAUGGAAAAUGUGCAUAAAGGCAUCUCAGGUUAUUAUUUUUUGUACAUUCUUAUUACAAAGUAUGCUGUUAUUUCUUUUCAGCAGACCUUUGCAGAGCUGUAGGAGGUGUCUAAUAAAACUUUGGAACUCUU